CUUCGUUACUUGCAGGUGAUGUUGUGCGUUAGAGACCGUAGUCAUUUACUUUCUAUUUUCAACUUCACCCCCCCCCCGUAAUAAUGGACUUCCUACCUAUUUAAAGUCCAAAAAUAGCUGUCAACUGCUGUUCGCUACAUGUUGAUGUCAGUGGUGGGAUCCGGCUCGGUGGAAUGUUGCGAAAUCGCGCAUUUUGCCUUGACUUUUCAUUACAAUCCUAAGCAUACCCCCUCGUCUUUCUCUGCGUAAGUUUUAACUGGGCCAUCCAUGGUCAGACCAAUGUGCACUCAGAAGCUAUCUCAAAUAUAACUCCCACCAGCUUCACACUAUGCCUAGCCCCUAACCUACUCAGAUACACUCAAGCACUAGGACAUUACUUUUUCACCGGAGUGAGUAGUGAAACGCAUCUGAACGGUACUCAUUCACUUUUGACUAAACUCACUCGUCCUUCUGCAGCAACGUACCUAUCUACCUACAAGCUAGAGGAAAAUCUAUCAACAGCUGGUCGUGACGGUAAAUAUUUUUUCCCCGUACACUACACUGUUUAGGCAUCAUGACACUGCUGGAGUAUGGGAAUCAACUCGUUGAAUAUCGUGCAGAGUUAUACUGCUGGAAAGCACCUAAUGAAUCAAUAUUAUCUACUGAGUAACAUUUCAAACAAAAUAGUAGAAAAGUGUAAUGAAGUGACAUUAAACCUGGACAGAGUCGGUUUUCCGUAACACUCACUUAUUCGUUGUAAGAAUGGCUCCCGUCACCCUUCAGAUGUACAUACAAGAUAUUGCUGGUUGUAUUAGUAAUCGAAAUGGCAGAAGUUUAAGUCAUUAUCUUAUGUGUAGCGAUCCUCAUGUGUACAAUCCUCGUCUAGCUGUAUCAGACCCAGAGAAUGUUGCUACAUCUUACCUUAUAUCACCUUGGGAUGAAAUAGUUUCUGCUCAUGUGAGAUGCAUAUGGGCAAUGCGUAAUCGUGAUUUUGAAGAAGCUUAUGCUUGUCAAAUAGUAUUUGUAAAGACUGUGGCAAAAGCACUUACUGAAUUAAAAGAUGAUAAUUGGGUUUUACCUGUGGUAAAUGUAGCCGCUAUCGAUUUAAGACGAUUUGCACAUGGUUUGGAUUCUAAAUUCACUUCACAAUCAGAAAAUUCUCGUAAUCAAGGAAGACGAAUGGAGAAUGCUGCCCAACUUAUCUUGAGAUUAUUUCAAAUAUGUGCAAGUGAUAGUCGUACACAAAUUGAAGAUUCAAAAAAGCUUGGAAUGAUGGGUUUAGCUAAUCAACUCUUCAAAAUAUAUUUCCAAAUUAAUAAAUUGAAUUUAUGCAAGUCUAUGAUUCGCGCAAUUGACAAUUUAAACAUGAAUGAUCGUUUCAGUCUGGCACAACGUGUCACUUAUUGUUAUUAUGUUGGAAGGAAAGCAAUGUUCGAUGGAGAUUUUAUAUCUGCGGAUAAAUCAUUGACCUUCGCUUUUGAACGUUGUUUGAAUACAAAAUGGAAUAAUAAACGCUUGAUAUUAAUUUAUUUAAUACCUGUAAAAAUGUUACUAGGAGUAUUACCUAAAGAAAAUCUUUUAUUUAAGUAUAACUUGAAACAAUUUCAAGAUAUUGCUGAAGCAGUCAGAACAGGAAAUUUGCGUAAAAUGGAUUCAGCUUUAGAAGAGCAUGAAACAUUCUUUUUAUCUUGUGGAGUUUAUUUAAUCUUAGAAAAAUUAAAGUUGAUUGUUUAUCGAAGUUUAUUUAAACGUGUAUGUUAUAUUAUGAAAACACAUUUACUACCAAUUGAAGUAUUCACUGCUGCAUUACAUUUAAUGGGGCAGGUUGAAGAUGUCGAUCCAGACGAAACAGAAUGUAUUCUAGCCAACCUAAUUCAUGAGGGUAAAAUCAAAGGUUAUCUGGCACAUCAACAGCAAAAAUUAGUUGUUAGUAAACUUCAAGCAUUCCCUCCGCUUACAAGUAGUAUGGCAAGUAGUUUAAAAUGAAGCUGAACGUCAUCAUAUUGUAUUUUGUAAAAAAUUUGUUUUUGUGUCUACAAAUGUCAUGUACAAAGUUUAUCUUACUGUAUUUUGAAAUAUAUAUA